UUUUUUUUUUCUUUUCUUUUCUUCUUUUUUUCUUCUAAACCAUGAAUCAUAUUGUGCUCAAAACAGAAGCCCCAUUUCCUAAUUGUCCAAAAUGUCGUUUAGUUGGCUCAGAGGACAUUUUUCGUAUUACUGUAAAAAAUAACUCUGACAACAGAUCCCAUUUAUUUCACGUUCAUAAAGAUGAAAGUUUUCAAUCCAUUAUUCUUCGUUUAUGUAAAGAGUUUCCUGAUGAUUGGAAACGAGGACACAUUUAUCAUUUUUAUAUUGACGUUGGUGGACAUUAUCAUUCUAUUGAGGAGUCCAAAUGGUUAAGAGAUAAAGAUGUACUUAUUGUAACAACAGUUGAAGAUUUUCAAGAAUUGCCUACUGUUAAUUUAAGUGCGGUUCAUGCUUCUCUAAGGGCAGAUGUCCAAUUAAGACCUCAUCAAAUUGAAGGAGUCAAUAGAAUGAUUCAUUUUGAAAGAUCUCAACGAGGCGGUAUUUUAGCAGAUGAUAUGGGUUUAGGAAAGACCAUUCAAACGAUAACACUUAUUUUACGUCAACAACCUAUUUUGAAUACACAUGCUUGUACACUUGUCAUUGUACCUUCACGUGGUAUUGGAGAUCAAUGGGCAGAUGAAAUACGUACUAAAACAACAUAUGGAAGUUUACCUUAUUUUAUUUAUCAGAAUGAAUCUGUUGGUCUUCUUGAUCAGCCAUGCUUUAGAGUUGUUAUUACUACUUAUGAUAGAGUAAGAGGAGAAUACAAAAAGAGGAAAAACGGUAUCGAAGAUGAAUCACCUUUAUUUGAUAUUGAUUGGCAUCGUAUUGUACUUGAUGAAUCACAUAAAGUAAGAGCAAGAACCUUGUUGGCUCAUGCUGUAACUACACUAAAGGGAAAAUAUAAAUGGUGUUUGACUGGUACACCCUUUCAGAAUGAUACAACUGAAUUACAUCCUAUAUUCGAGUUCUUGGGUAUUGAAUUAGAUCAAAGACGUAAAAAUGAAAUACAAUAUGUUACGGAUUUAUUAAAAAAACAUAUGAUUAGAAGAACAAAGUCAGUUUUACAUAAAGAAUUAACGAUUUUACCAAGACAAGAGCAACGUAUCACACUUGAAUUUUCACCACCUGAAAGAGCACUUUAUGAUUACUUGGAGAGAUUACUUUAUUAUCAAAUUUCACUUAUAAAAUCAAAAGGGGAUCAUAAUCAUCAUGUUAUUUCAUCUGCGAUUCUUUACUUGAGAUUAAAACAAGUAUGCGGUCAUCAUAUGAUUUUGAUUGAAAAAUUUCCUGAUUUAAUUCCAAUGGCACAUGCUGGAAUCACAGAAGACUGUAUAAAGCACAUUCAAGGAAAUGAAGAAACUAUUCCUUAUGAAAGAAACUACUAUGAUGAAGCAUCAGAAUAUGAGCAAGCAUUAGAAAUUAUUGAAAGUUACUAUGAUCAAUUUGGAAACUUGCAAGAACCUAUUGAUUUAAACCAAUUGCAAAAAUUAAAAUUUAUAAAGCAUUCAACAAAGGUGACUUGGUUAAUUAACUUUUUGAAACAACUUCUUUCUUCCAAUUCUUCUGAUAAAAUUGUUGUUGUAUCUCAGUUUGUUGACGUUAUUUUAAAGAUUGUUGAAAUGUUAAAUCAUGCACAUAUUCCUUUUGAAAUAUAUCAUGGUAGCAUGUCCGAUUACAGUCGUAGAAUUGCUUUACAAAGAUUUAAUCAUAAUUCAAAGAUCAGAGUAUUAGUCAUGUCAUUAAAGGCAGGUGGUGUAGGUUUAAAUUUGCAGAGAGCCAAUCAUAUGAUUAUUCUUGAUAGAUGGUGGAAUCCAGCUACCAUGGAUCAAGCUAUUGCACGUAUUCAUAGAAUGACCCAAUUAAAAGAAACAUAUAUUCAUACAGUAGUCAUAAAGGAUACAAUUGAAGAUAGUUUAAUGGAUAGCAUCUUGAACAAAAAGGUAAACCAGGGAUAACAGGAAUAAAGCAGUAUAAAUUAACGAUCUUUGUAUUUAGAAUGCAUUAUUUCAUAAAAUUGUUGAAAGUGAUGCAAUAAGAAAAGAAGACGGGAAACAAACCGAUUUAUUUGAAUUGGAAGAAGGUUUAUUUAAAAAGCGUAGAAAGAUAACUUUAUCAUCAUCAUCUUCUUCUUCUUCUUCUUCUGCUGCUGCUGCUUCUCCUUCUAGUAAUAGCCCAUGAUUGGAUAGAAGGAAUAUGGC